CAAGUGUUAUCUUGUAAUAUAAAAUACAGUAUUUCAAAGAUACUCUCAGAAAACUGUAGUUUUAAGCACAUUUCUUCUAGUCUCAUACCAAAACACAUGUACUGAUGUGUAAUAUUUUCUUCUGUAUUGACUAUGGGAAACAUAGUAUAGCACGCAAUGAUAUCGAUAAAGCAAACCAUGAAAACAAGUCACUUGGUCUCUUUUGUCAGGGUUGGGGAUAGCAAACCUGAUACAUUUCGGUUUUAUUUAAAUAUGUUUGCCGUGAAAAUUCUACUAAAUGGACAAUAAAAACACUAAUUCUAGUAUAAGUCGACAAAACGCACGUGGAGAGAGGAAAUCAACUCAUCAGAGAUCCCAUCGUGUAUUUUCUGCUUUUCUAAACACUUGCAAGCAUGCAUUGAUCCGUCAGCUUUGCCUGCCGCACUUACAAUGAAGUUAUUUCAGCCGUUAGGACGCAAGGGUCGCGGAAAAUAUGUACUGUACAUUUGGCAGAAACAAAGGUGUUAAAAAAAGCACAAAUGGCAGGUUGUAGGUGAGUAGAGAUCACAGCCCACACAGACAGCUGGUUUGCCACAGAGCGCCUUAGACCUACCCGUGCACUGACCACUACGUGAACAGCACGAACAGCAGAGCACCCCCCACGUCAAGACCCCGCCAAGUACAGACAUCAACACCUUGCUAAGAGACAAAAACCACGCUGCAGCACCGCGUCACCCUUCUGUGCCGUGGCGCUGUUUCUGAGCAGCGAUGUAUUUCGAUUGAGGGUUACCACACGUAUUGUUUUGAUUUCCGCUGGACUGGGAUAACAGCAGACUCUCACGAAAGAGCCCCCGCUACGUGAUGAUAACGCUUAACUAGGUCGGUGGGACAGUGACACUUUUCGCUGUUCUGCUCCUAGCCUGUUGCAUUGCAUUGCUUGAAGACUGGGCUGUCGGUGUUAACGCACCUCAAGGUGGCCAGCCUGCUUAGGCUUAUUGGACUUCAUGAACCUGCUCUUCAGCACUGUUAAUGGCCUGUCUUGACAAGCUGUCCGCGGUAGCUCUGUUACUGUUGUCUUCUCUGACGCAACUUAGAGCUACACCUGCAGUAAGACGGGUGUACGCCUGGGUAGGGGACAGUGUCUUACUGCCCUGUGUGGAUCGAGGGAUGAAAAAGCUGGAGACCUAUAGCUGGUAUUACAAGAAGACUUCAGGUCCAGGGGGCAUUCUGCUGGUCAGUGUUGAGAGAUCCGGGACGCCUCGCUACACGCAAUCGCGUCAUUGGGUCAGGAAGAAGAUUCAACUCAACAACCUUUCCCUGCUCAUCCAGGACCUGAGGGAAGCGGACGGGGGGGUUUAUUCCUGCACAGGAGGGGUAGUCACUUCGCUAACUGUCUUUAAGGACCUGCCUCCAGUCAGAAAGAAGCUGUAUGUUGCUGCAGGCGACUCUAUUGCAGAACCUUGCUCUGGAGUUCCGAAAACAGGUGGACGCACAUCACCAGUGCAGUGGUCUUUCCAGGGUAUUGGAGACCAGAACCCCCUGUUCCUCAACAGUUAUUCCCCUUCUGGGGGGACAGACCUGAACCCAGAAAGGCUCACCCUGCUGCCCAACGCCUCCGUUCUGAUCCGGGACAUCCUGAGAACACAUGCUGGGGACUACACUUGCUGGAUAGAUGACCAGAACGGCCACAGAAAGAGACUUGUCACUCUCACUGUGUGCGUGUUGACAGUGACAGCAGACAAGGCCAGUGCAGCCCACAGCUCUCGCGCUGUCCUGAACUGCACGCUGCUGUGUGAGAGCAGUGAGGGGAGGAAUGAGACCGUCCUUCUCUGGACCCACGGGAACGGGACAGAUCUUGGGCCCAGUGUGGUGAACACCAUCACGACCACUUCCACUGGGGUCACAGCAACACUGGAGAUUCCUUCUCCACACAACACGAGUCUGAGGUGUAGUGUGAGAGUGAGAGGAGAAGACAGAGUGAGCGUGGAGCACUUCAUACAUGGACAUGGGGUCAAUAACACGGGACAGCAGCACACAGGUAUCUCGGAUGCAAGCAGUGGAUCUGUACUGUUGUGGACACUGACAGUUUGUCCAUCUGUCUUCAUGUCUGUUCUCCUCCUGGUAUUUCUGUGCAGAAGAAAUGCACCUAUAGGAAACAGUUCCUCUGUGGCACACAGCUGUGGAUCUUCAGGGAGAUUCACACCAGAGGUACUGUGUACUCUGUCACAGUUCGCUGUUUUUGCUCCUCUGGGUCUUUCAGUAUUGCAGCAAUUACAGGGAGACAUGUUAGCAUUUCUUUCAAAGUUAAAAACGACCUACUGGGACAUGUAUUAAUGUCAAGAUUAGUGGUUGUACAAAUAUGAGUUUAUGUAUUUACUGUUUUUAAAAUGUUAAUUUUUCAGGUAUGUUCUGAA